AUGGAACUAGGAAACCAGACUAGAAUCCAGGAGUUUAUCCUCCUGGGAUUCCCCACCAUCAUGGAACUUCAGAUACUGCUGUUUGUCCUAUUCCUUGUGAUCUACACCCUGACACUCAUGGAGAAUAUUGUAAUCAUCACCCUCAUCAGGACAAACAGCAAUCUCCACAAACCAAUGUACUAUUUCCUUAGUCACCUGUCUUUCCUGGAAACCUGGUACAUCUCUGUAACUGUCCCAAAACUUCUAGUUAACUUCCUGUCAGAUAACAAAAGUAUCUCCUUCGAAGGCUGUAUGGCCCAGCUGUACUUCUUCAUAGCUCUGGUCUGUACUGAGUGUGUCCUCCUGGCUGUCAUGGCCUAUGACCGCUAUGUUGCUAUUUGUGACCCGUUGCGCUACCCAGUCAUUAUGACUGCUCGGCUGUGCUUCCAGCUGGCUGUAGGAUCUUGGCUGGCUGGCUUCCUCAUCUCCAUGCUCAAAGUGUUUUUCAUUUCCCGUUUGACCUUCUGUGGACCCAACGUCAUCAACCACUUCUUCUGUGACAUUUCACCUUUGCUCAACCUCUCUUGCACAGACCGGACAGUGGCUGAGACUAUGGAUCACAAAAAUAAGACUAUGGUUCAGGAAUUCAUUUUACUUGGGUUUCCAACCAGCAUGGAUCUGCAAGUGCUUCUGUUUGUGACAUUCCUGGUGAUGUAUGUCCUGACGCUCCUGGAGAACAUCAUUAUCAUUGCUGUGAUCAAAACCAACCCUCAGCUUAACAAGCCCAUGUACUUCUUCCUCAGCAAUCUCUCCUUCCUGGAGACAUGGUACGUCUGUGUGAUUGUCCCCAAACUAUUGGUCAACUUCCUGGCGAAAGACAAGAGCAUCUCCUUUGAAGGUUGCAUGACUCAGCUCUACUUUUUCAGCUCCCUCAUAUGUACCGAGUGUGUCCUGCUGUCCGUCAUGGCCUAUGAUCGCUAUGUGGCAAUUUGCAACCCAUUACGUUAUCCAACAAUCAUGACCCAGCGCCUCUGCCUGCAGCUAGCAGUGGGGUCAUGGCUGACUGGCUUCUUGGCCUCUAUGCUGAAGGUUCUCUUCAUAUCUCGCCUGCCAUUUUGUGGCCCUAAUAUUAUUAACCACUUUUUCUGUGACAUUUCCCCCUUGCUAAACAUGUCAUGUGAGGAUAUGACAGUGGCUGAAGUUGUGGAUUUUGUCUUGGCCUUGAUCAUUCUGUUGGUCCCACUCUCGGUCACCAUAGUUUCUUAUCUCUGCAUUAUUGGUACCAUCUUGCGCAUCCCCACAGUUCAAGGUCGGAAGAAGGCUUUCUCCACAUGUGCUGCUCACCUCACUGUGGUUGUCAUCUUCUUCUCAGCCACUCUCUUCAUGUAUGCAAGGCCAAAGAGGAUUUACCCUUUUGAUCUCAACAAACUGGUGUCUGUUGUAUACACCAUUGUCACUCCUAUGUUGAACCCUUUCAUUUACUGUUUGAGGAACCAAGAGGUCAAAGGAGCUCUAAAGAAAGUUUUCAGAAGUACUAGGUCUCUCUCCAAAGUUUUAAUUCCAGUGACUUAUAUUGAGUGA